CCAGAGCAAUUCCUUAUCAUUGAAGAAGAUGAACUCUCAAAGCGUCAAACACAUAUCAGAGUGUUUUAUCAUUCCACACCAUGUCUCAGAGGAAUCACAGCAGCCAUUGUACUUGGCACCCACCGACCUCGCCAUGCUCUCUGUCCACUAUAUCCAGAAAGGCCUCCUCUUUGCCAAACCUCCGGAAGCCAUGGAUCGCCGCCACAAGGCGGAGUUCGUCAAUUCUCUUUUGGACAAGCUCAAGCACUCUCUCUCCCUCGCCCUUGUUCAUUUUUACCCGCUCGCCGGCCGCUUCGCGACGAAGAAAGAAGAAAACCCACCUCUGUAUUUGGUUUAUGUAGACUGCAGCAACAGCCCCGGAGCCAGGUUCAUCUAUGCAACUCUGGAUGUGUCGGUUUUGGACAUUCUUUCGCCAACUGACGUGCCCUUGGUGGUUCAGUCGUUUUUCGAUCACGACAGAGCUGUUAACCACGACGGCCACACGGCGUCAUUGCUGACGGUUCAGGUGACGGAGCUUGUGGACGGCAUAUUCAUAGGGCUGUCCAUGAAUCACUGCCUUUGUGAUGGGACUUCUUUCUGGCAUUUCUUCAACACUUGGUCCGAGCUCUUUCAGGCAAUAACACAAGCAGCGCAUGACAAUACCAUCGUCCCCGGCAUCUCCAGACCGCCGGUCCUCAAGCGGUGGUUUCCGGACGGUCACGGCCCAAUCAUCAGCCUCCCUUACACAAACCCAGAUGAGUUCAUCGGAAGAUUCGAAGCUCCCGAACUCAGAGAGAGAAUGUUCCACUUCUCCUCAGAAUCCAUAGCCAAACUCAAAGCAAAGGCCAACUCAGAGUCCAACGCCACCAAAAUCUCAUCUUUCCAGUCCCUCUCCGCCCUUCUAUGGCGGUCCAUCACCCGUGCACGGCGUCUUCCUCCCAAUCAGUCAACCAGAUGCAGGUUGGCUGCGAAUAACAGAGCAAGACUAGAUCCGCCAUUGUCCGGAGACUACUUCGGGAACUCGAUUCACCCGAUCAACUCGGAAGCCGUCACGGCCGGUGAACUCCUCCAACACAGCCUCGGGUGGGCGGCGUGGAAGCUGCACGAGGCGGUGGUGAAGCUUGACGACAGGGAGAUACGAGGAUUCGUUGACGCCUGGCUGCGGUCUCCGACCGUGUACCUACUCGGCCAGUAUUUCGAUCCGUACAUGGUGAUGAUGGGCAGCUCGCCGAGGUUCAACAUGUACGGCAACGAAUUCGGAAUGGGAAAGGCGGUGGCGCUGCGGAGCGGGUACGCAAAUAAAUUUGGCGGGAAAGUUUCAUCGUACGAAGGAAGGGAAAGGGGAAGCAUAGACUUGGAGGUUUGUCUUCCUCCUGAUGCAAUGAGUGCUCUUGAAUGUGAUGAGGAGUUCAUGGAAUUUGCAUCUGUACCACAAUAUUAGUGAUCAUGUGUCAUCACCAUUCGUUCCGCACUGCAUUCCUUAAUUGGUUGCAUUUCUCUGCUUUGUCUUACGGCGCAUGGGGUUGAGCUGCUUGCAUAAGUUCAGACUUCUCCUUGGUUAGUACUAAGUAACCACGGUUACGGGUACCCGCGGUUAUUUAUUCAAUAAAACUUAAUGAUUUAUGUUGACCGCUUAUGCAAUUACAUGAGUAUGAAUAUACCUAUUCGACCGAAAA